AUGACCUCUGCGCUUCACUUGCGCUGCCUCGUGUCUCCAUGGGAGGCUGCAGCAACCUCCCUGCGGCGCCUACCAGCAACAGCAGCAGCAACACCGGGGCGUGCAGCAGCAGCAGCAGCAGCAGAAUCACUAGAAGCUGCAGCGGCAGCAUGCUAUUCACAGUGUCUCCCUUCCCCCUUAUCUUUUUCAACGCAGCGUCUGUCUUCGUUUGGCUGCAACACCAGUGUCGUCAGUAGCAGCAGCAGCAGCAGCCGUAGUCUGAACAAUGAAUUCCUCAGAAGCAGAAGCAACAGGAGGCGUUGGCUGGUGGAAUGCGGGUGUUAUCCUAGCAGCAGCAGCAGCAGCAGUUUGUUCUUGAGGAGCUUCCACAGCAGCAUCAGCAGCCCGACUGGCCUGGCCAGCAGCAGCACGAGCAGCAAUGUCAGGAGCAGCAACAGCGGCAUCACCAGCAGCAGCGGCAACCGCCGCCGCAUCAUAACCAGCAUGUGCCACAGCAGCAGCAGCAGCAGCAGCAGCAUGAGCAGCUGCAGCAGCCGCAUGAGCAGCACCAGAAGCAGCAGGAACAACAGCAGCAUCAGCAGCAUCAGCAUGAACAGCAGCAGCAUGAGCUACACCAGCAGCAGCAUGAGCAGCAGCAGCAGCAGCAUGAGCAGCAGCAGCACCAGCAUGAGCAGCAGCAGCAGCAGCAGUAGUUGGUGGCGAAUUGGGGGCAUUCGUUUGUACAGAACUAGAAUAAAUUGGAUGCGAGUCCGGUUUAGGGCCCGUGUUUCUUACUUCUUACGAAAAAGUUUAAAGCCUAAAAAUCACUCGAAGGUCCUCACCAGAUUCCGCUUAACUAGAUUUGGGUGGGAGAGGCUGCGUAAAGGCCGCAACGGGAAGAAGUUUAACUUAACAGCUAAACAAUUUAAACACAAAUACAGCAUUGCCUACGUCUCUCGCCACGACUUAAAGAAAUUCAAAUACCAAACCCCCGGAUAUAAACUCAGGAUACGAGACCCCCCAAUAGACACAAACCCAAACAUUCAGUCUAUUAGAAAGCAUCUGCCAGCCUACUUCGGAUAG